AUGAGAAUCGACCGUUUUCGCACAGUUUGGGGCAUUGAGCCUGGAACCAAUUUGGACAAUUGGGCCAAGUGGUUUCCAGAGCUUAAGGCGCUAGGAUACAACGGCGUCGAAGUCAACAUCCAUGCACUAGAUCCGAAGCGGGAUACCCCACGACUACGACAGAUUUGCGAUGACCUAGAUUUUGAUAUCAGCGUCCUGGGCCACUCGUCUUGGGUCGAUUACUUAGGUCCUCGUCCAGUCGGCCUAAAAGCACGCGAUCACUUGAAAAACUAUCGAGAUGUGCUCCUGCUGGCUGCGACGCUUCGGCCAGUCUCCUUCAAUUUCCAAUCCGGAGAAGAUGCCUGGGACAUUGAAGAGUCCAUUAAAUUUUACCGCGGUACACUUGAAGUCGACGAUGAACUUGGUGUGUCUGGUCGAGUCUAUCAUGAGACUCAUCGUAAUCGGUCAAUGUUCACUCCAUAUGCAGCUCAGCAGAUCUUGAAAGCGGUACCACAGCUACGCAUCACUGCUGAUUUCUCACACUGGAUGGUGUGCCUAGAGCGCCUGCUAGAUAUUGGCGAAGGUGACCGCGUGAUGAUGGACUCUAUUAUCCCGCAUGUUUACCAUAUUCAUUCCAGAAUUGGAACAACCCAAGCUUCUCAAUGCCCUGAGCCAAUGAAUCCCGUGUUCGAGGAAGAGCGACUUUGCUUUGAGAGGCUGUGGAUGAAAGUUCUCCAGUGUCGGAUUAAAGAGAAUCCAGAUUCGAAGAUCAUUUUUGUGCCGGAAUACGGCCCCUUCCCAUAUCACCCCAUUGGUAGCGCAAAGUCCCACGGCCAGGUUGCGGAUGAAGAAGGUAAACGGUUACACGUCGCAUUCACGCAGUUUGCAGCAAGCCUCACAGAGGUAUAA